AUGGGACCACCUAAUGUGUACUUCAAUGUCAUUGAUAAGGAGUUAGCUGCCAUUGAUACUCUGAAUAGUCGAUUUGCGAUUGACGAAACAGACAUUUGUAAAAAUAAAUGUGCCAGAGAGAGGAACACUGUUGCUACAAAAAAAGGGGCUGAGGAGGAGUAUAAACAAAUUGAAGAAGAGGAUGCCAAAAUUCAGAAGAUGGGGACUAGAAAGCCAAGUCAUCCCAAUCGUCAUCAGGGUUUGAACCUUGGCAAACAAACAUAUGAAAGUAGAAUUCCGAAGGUCCAUAUACAAUUAACUCCUGAUGAGAUUGUAGAGGAUCUCCUUGCUCUUCGAAUUGGAACAACACCUCAAAGGAAGCCAAACAUUAAUAAGGCCAGCAAGGGUGCAGGGAAACAUUAA